AUGCAGUUAUCUACAAAUGAAGGGAUGCAUUGGUAUAAAGCCUUGGUUAAUUAUGGCGAUAACGAUUCUAUUGAAAAUUCAAGAGAUGAGUCAGUAGGAAGCUUAAUCGAUUGCACCUUCCCAGCCCAAGCAGAAGAAGGUCAAGAAAGCUGCUCGAAAGCUUAUUCUUGCAUCAUCAAGCAACUCCGACUUGAGUACGUGCCUACUGGUCAUCAACCCAUCAUUCCAAGCGAAUCUGAGAGCGAAAGCUCAGAUGAUGAAGGUUCAGUUCGUGGUGGCACCCCACCUCAUUCACCUACACCAGAGACCAUCACUCAAUCUCUUCAACAUGAGAAAGAGCUUUUUGAGGUGUUUCGCAAGAACCUCACCUCUGAUUACGUUAAACAUCAAGCAUCUUUCUCUGAACGUUUGGAUAAACUUCAAGCAGAUCUUGCCUUGGAUAGCAGAGUGAUGGAUGAACUUGCUCUGUAG